CCGUCGCAGUUACUUUCCAGCCCGGUUGAGGAGCAGCCGUUCAUCCUCCUGUCGGUGUGCGGGUCUCUGCGUGCUGGGACCGAGCUGCGGGACCGAACCUGGAGUUUCUGGACCGGAGCCCAUUAGUAUGAGAACUUCCAUCACAGCUCUUAUUUGCCUCAUCCUCACAUCUGAUCAUCCUCAUUCUGACCACCAGACCUCAUCGCUCCAUCCUGCUGCUCCCACCUCACGCCUCCCCCUCCACCAGCCGAAGGCGGAAUAUCUCGGCUUCACGGUCCGGUUCUGCUCUGGAUUUCUGGGAUUAUACUGGGUCCUGUGUGCAGGAUGUACAUGAGCGGCUCGGGGUGUUGCGCACAGAGCGGGCGCUGCGCUGAAUGAACUGUGUGCCUCUGGGUUCGGGUUAGGAGCAGGUCUCUCCUCUGGAGAUGCUCGGUUCGGAGCUUGUGGUUCUUCUGUACCGGAUCGGAAUAUAAACUGAAGAUUUUCUGACCCUGUCCUGUUAUUUUUAUUUUUCCUGUGCGGACAUAAGGCGCAGUCACGGAUCGUGCUCCAUCCGGAGGCGCGCGGCUCAUCAUGGGGGACUCGAUGUGGAGAUAUUAUUUUGGAGUUUUGUUUCUUGCCUUCAGAGUGGACCUGUGCCGGCCGCUGAUCCUGGAGUCCAUCUACUGGAACACGACCAACACCAAAUUCGUUCCUGGAAAAGGAGUGGUUCUGUACCCACAGAUUGGGGAUAAAUUGGACAUAGUUUGUCCCCGUGUAGACGGAGGUGUGGGCGACGGUGUGGAGUACUACAAGGUGUACAUGGUUCCCAGGGAGCAGCUGGAGAGCUGUACCAUCACCAAGGCUGACACGCCGCUGCUCAACUGCGUCAAACCAGACCAGGAUGUGAAGUUCACGCUGAAGUUCCAGGAGUUCAGCCCCAACCUGUGGGGUCUGGAGUUCUUCAAGGGAAAGGACUACUACAUCAUCUCCACAUCUAAUGGCACCAUGGAGGGCAUCGAUAACCAGGAGGGAGGAGUCUGUAGGACCAAGUCCAUGAAGAUUGUCAUGAAAGUGGGACAGAAUCCCUCUGACCCAGACCCACCUAAGGACGUUUCACCCAGAGUGACCUUCUCUCCACCAGACAACAACAACAAACACAAUGAAGUCCCGCUCAAAACAGAUUCCAGAGAGGGGGGGGAAAGAGAACCCAACGAGAACGGAGGGAAGUCCUCCAGCAUCAUCGGCUCUGAGGUAGCCAUCUUUGUCGGCAUUGCCUCGGGCAGCGUCAUCUUCAUCAUCAUCAUCAUCAUGCUGGUUCUGCUGCUGCUGAAGUACCGAAGGCGCCACCGAAAGCACUCUCCGCAGCACACAGCCACGCUUUCACUGAGCACGCUGGCCACGCCCAAACGGAGCAGCGGCGGCGGGAACAACAAUGGCUCGGAGCCCAGCGACAUCAUCAUCCCACUCAGGACUGCUGACAGCGUCUUCUGUCCGCACUACGAGAAGGUCAGCGGGGACUACGGACAUCCGGUCUACAUCGUCCAAGAGAUGCCGCCACAGAGCCCGGCUAACAUCUACUAUAAAGUUUGAUCCGGGGCCGGGAACCCAGGAGCUGGACAAGACCACGGAUGCAGAGCUGGUUUGGGUCGGUGCUUCAGACCCAUGGACAAACUGUCCCGCUCUCACUCUCCGUCUCUCCUGUCCUAUGAUUUGUUGUCACUUUUCUUUCCUCUCCACAUUUGGCCUGUUGCUCCCGUUGGGAGGUAGUUUGAAGCUGCUGCUGCUCUCUGGGAGCGGGAGGACCGGCUCUUCUCCCUCAGCGCCGUUUUGUUUUGCGCACCGUGACCCGAGUUCUGGGAUGGAGGGAGUGUUGAUGAGACAGAUGCACAGAAAGUUGGACGGAAGGAUAUUUGGAUAUGUUAAUAUGUGAGAGGAUGAAGGACACAGACAGAGACGGUGGGAAACGAGCCGGCGUGGAUCCAAAGGACAGGUUCUGUGUGGAUCCACCAGCUGGAUGCAGAGAGAUGCGGACCUCUCUGGGACUUUCACCCUUUCACCACCCACACGAUGCACAGAAACAUCUGGAGGUUUUACGGAUCCUGUGUUGUCCUGGUUUUAGUUUCUGAUCAUAUCUGGUUUAGUUCACCUGCAAGUAGUUCUGUUUUCCCGAUGAAAGGGUCGCCCCGAAGCGACCGGACCCGACUGGGCUAAACCACGGUCUGCUCAGGUGGAUCCUGCAGAGUGGAGGACUUUUCCCCCACAUAGUGCAGCACUUUCACUCUGGUUCCUUUAGUCCGUCCACUCUGCUCAGAGGUCCACCGAGACACGGCCCGGUCCAGAGGUCAGAGAGCAGCCGUAUCCUGUCCUCUUGGACCUGGAAAGCAUUCGGGGCAAUAAGAACCCAGUUCGCCUUACUGCUGUAAGAAGAGGCCCGAGAUCUGGUUGAGGCUAGCUUAGCUGGCUGAAACAGCUCCAGGUACUGUAACCUUUGACCCCCAGGGGUCCAGUGAUUACUAAGGGUACCCUGAGGUCCCAAACAUCAGCGUGACUGGUGCUCUCCCUCUCUUUUCUUCACAGACAGGGACAAAAACUCGCCGUCGCUCCGUUAGUGUUUCCUCCUUGCCCUCUUUAAGUGAAAAUAAUGACAUUUAUGAUGACAUGAAAACACAAAAUAGGAUGAAAAGCUACGUUUAUUUAUGAUAGACACACAGAGCACAGGUGUGAUCAGUAGACAGGAGGCGGAGCUCAUUUUAAUAUAUAAGUGGUAUACAUGCACAUUAUGCAAUCUAGGUUUGUGAUUGAUAUCGUUGAAGCCACUGAGCCCUAGAAGGAGGACCGGGCUUUGGACUGGGCUACAGGUCCUGGUACCGGUUCUGGUUCAAGGGUAUCUUGCCCCAAACAACGUGCAUUAGUGUAAACAAGUGCAGAGUAGCUGUUUGUCCCAAAGUUCCCAUGAACACCCGGCGUGCCCGACUCUCUUCAUGCACCUCGUCAUGUUCCUCAUGUGUUUAUCUGAGCGUGUGUGUGUGUGUGUGUGUGUGUGUGUGUGUGGGCUCAUAAACACCACUAACAAACGCCUCUAUCAGCCAUCCUCAUUGACUCAUAAACAUCAGAAUUCACCGAGAAGCCAAGCCUCGUCUGACCUGAGGUUUCUGCCUCUGAGAGGCGACAAAAUCUGCAAAUAUGCAAUUAUUUAUUUUUUUAAUCGAUUCAGAAAAAAACAACAAUGGAAAGUGUUCUUAACCACUGAGAUGUAACAACAAACUACGAGUCUGCUGGUAGCGUUCUCCUGCAUUAGUUCUGGGGUUGUGUCCACCUUUCUGUUCUCUGUGCCGUAGGACAAACUGUGAAAUAGAGCGUAUCGACUCACCUGAACAGGUAUCUGAAACGCCGGAAACGGUCGUUUAGUUGUUGUGUCUGCGGCAGAAUCUGACAAUCUUCUUAGUUUCUUUCAAUCGGACGUCUUUUCUUAGCUACAUCUUGACUGAAGCUGGCUCUGACCUGGCUCUGGUUCUGACCCGGGGCAUUGUAGCGAUGCUGUGGGAGUCUUUAGCAGUGGGCUAGGAGAAGUCCCUCAGGCGACUGUAAAAUGCCUUGUUCAUACGACCCGUAU